UGAAUGUGUGCAAUUUCUGUCUUAUCCAUAAACUUGCUUAGGUUACUUAGUAAUUGAAGGCACUUUUUCACUACAUGCUUUUGACUACUUCCUUGUAAGUCUGCCUGUGAUUCUUCUUUACAUUAUUGUCUUGAACGCUUUUGCUUUCGGUAUUAAGACAGCAAGCUGAGGAAAUCCACGUCGGAUUCAGCCCUUAUUCAACCAAGAUGGAGAGGAAGUAUCUGGCAGAAACUAAAUUAGUUGGAGGGAAUGAAGGAACAGAGUUUACUUUUGAAGGGAGUAAAUCUGGAAGCAUCUUGAGUGAGAUCAAAGUUUGGGUCCAUGACGAGAAGGUGAAAGGCAUUAAGGUGUUGCUUACUGAUGGAAAGUCAAAACAGUAUGGUGAAUCUAGUUGGUUUUUAUACCACUACAGUUCUCACACGUUUACAUUUAACGAUGGAGAACAUUUCACCUCCCUUUCACUUUGGCCAGACAAAGAUAACAAACAUCUGUGUGCAAUCAAAUUCCAGACAAAUCUCUCCCGCGAGUUCUAUGCGGGAAUGAACAUCGAAGAUCUGAAAGAAGAGAAAGUUGAUGUGGCUUCUGGGGUCUGUGUGGGAAUCAAAGGAAAAGAAAAGAAACUUUUAAUUUCCUUAGGCUUUCUGUUCAUCAACAACAUUAUGUCUGCUGAGCUUACCGAUGUUGACUAUAACAGCAGAGCUUUGGGUAAGAAACCCAAAGUGUCUGAAGAAAUAAUUAAAUCCAUUUCCUACAAGAACAGCACUUCUGUACGUCAAGAAUACACAAUUGAGACCUCUAAAAACAUCAUACAAAAAUACUCUUGGUCUGUUAAUGGCAGAUUAGACUUAUCAGCCAUCCUGAACAUAGAAGCAAAAGUUCCAAUCCUUUUGAAAGGCAACCAUAGAUAUGAAAUUAAAACAGGAGCUGAGGGUAGAUAUGCUCCAGAGACCACUACAGAGAAAACAGAGAGCAUCUCAUUUCCUCUUAAAGUUCCGAAAAAUAUAACCGUGAAUGUGAGCAUAAUAAUUAGUGAAGCUAAUGUCAAUCUCCCAUUUACUGGCCUCAUGAAGAUUACCUGCUGUAAUGGCGCCGUGUGGAAGUUUAAAACCAGUGGAAUCUACAAGGGUGCCGCUUACUCUGAUGUAAAAGUGGUUGUUAAAGAAAAAUAAAAAGAUUUUAGCAGUCUAAGAAGCUUUAAGUUACAUUCUAUAAAUAUUUCACCCACAAAAUGUUAACCAUAAUAUGUGUACUCAUAUCUGAUCAUGUUUAAUCCUCAAUGUUAGCGAUGCAUGAAAAAUAUACAGUGCAUUAUGUGUCACUGUACUCAGUAUCUCAAGGUCUUGCUGACUGGAAGUGUGUGUGUGUGUGAGGGGGGGGGGGUUACACUACUUAAGCAUAUUUAAAAUGAUUAAUGUACAUUUUUGAAAACUUUGUCUACUUUGACUAUAAUGUAUUAAUGUAUAAGUGACAAAUAUUACUGGAGAAAUGUAUCCAUUUCUCCGAGUUCUCUGUGGUUGUUUCUACAAUGUGUGUAAUCGUAUUUGUAGCCAGCGGUGACUUCUACAAUCUUGCAUGUUAUUGUGUAUCCUGUAUGGGGUGGGACGGGAGAUUUUUUUUUUCUUAAAUCUGUAAAAUCUGUAAACCUAUGAAAACAGUGUUUUGAUUUAUUCUGUUUGUCUAAUCCAGUAGUUGGAAACCCACACUUUUGAUUAAUAAAACAUUCUUUACAAAACA